UGGACGCUAGGGGCGCUGUGUCCCUCCGCGGCUGUCAGUUUAAAUGGCUUCAGCAGCCAAAGCGACACACACUCAAGGUUGUAGCACGGAGUGAGUGAGAAGGAGCCAGGAGCCCCACAUUCAGACCUCAAUGACACCGACGGCCCGAAAACUGUCAUCUGAUGAAAUGGAUCCAACCAAAAUAGAACGGCAGUGUGGUAAUGUUAAGGCAACGAAUGGCUUCAGGUAUAAAGACACAGACUGUCUGCAUGGUUCAGAGACAGAGGAAGAACCGUUGCUCCGAGAAAAUCCCAGACGGUUUGUCAUCUUCCCCAUUCAGUAUCCUGACAUUUGGAAGAUGUACAAGCAGGCACAGGCCUCUUUCUGGACAGUGGAAGAGGUUGAUCUCUCCAAAGACCUGGCUCACUGGGACCGGUUGAAGCCUGAAGAGAAGCACUUCAUCUCACAUGUCCUUGCCUUUUUUGCUGCAAGUGAUGGUAUCGUCAAUGAGAAUCUGGUACAGAGGUUCAGCCAGGAGGUGCAGGUCCCUGAAGCACGGUCUUUUUACAGCUUCCAGAUCCUCAUAGAGACUGUUCACUCGGAGAUGUACAGCAUGCUCAUCAACACAUACAUUAGGGACCUGAAAGAAAGGGAUUAUUUGUUUAAUGCCAUUCAAACCAUGCCUUGUGUGAAACGAAAAGCAGACUGGGCCCUCCAGUGGAUAAAUGACAGCAAAUCCACCUUUGGGGAACGAAUUGUGGCCUUUGCCGCUGUGGAGGGCAUCUUCUUCUCAGGCUCAUUUGCAGCUAUCUACUGGCUCAAGAAGAGAGGCCUAAUGCCAGGUCUCACGUAUUCCAAUGAGCUCAUCAGUAGAGAUGAGGGCCUUCACUGUAACUUUGCCUGUCUGCUGUACAGCUACCUGGUAAAAAAGCCACCAGAGGACAGAGUAAAAGACAUCAUCACCAAAGCUGUUGCCAUAGAGCAGGAGUUUUUGACUGAGGCCUUGCCAGUGGAUCUUAUUGGAAUCAACAGUUGUCUGAUGAAGCAGUACAUUGAGUUUGUGGCUGACCGACUUCUCACUGAUCUCAGACUUGAUAAGAUUUUUAAAGCAGAGAAUCCUUUUGACUUCAUGGAAUCUAUUUCACUAGAAGGGAAAACCAACUUUUUUGAGAAGCGGGUAGCAGAGUAUCAGAGGUUUGGAGUCAUGUCAAGCAUGAUGGACUGCGAAUUCACUCUGGAUGCAGACUUCUGAGAUGAUAUUCUGUCAUAACAGUUAGACAUAUUUAUUGUGUUUAUGUCAAGAAAACACGUUGCACUGAUACAUUUGUUACAUAACAAAUAGAGGUUCCAAUGAUAUUUUUGACGCAUUUCAGUAUUGUGACAGCUUUGAUCAUAUUUACCUAAACACAAAGAACAGAGGAAGAAUCACUGUAUUAUACUGACAGAUGUAUUUAAAUGUAUUUUAUUGAGUUUGCGGUUUUAGGCACUCGGUUUUAUGUUGAGCAGUUUUAUGUACAAUAAAUGAUAAAUUGAAAGUGGUUUCUUGAACGUAUGACCUUUGAUGAUGAAUGUUUAACAGCAGAACAAACUUUAUAAAGUUUAUUUAUUAAUAUGGGAGUUUUAGCUGGUUCCGGUACCACCUUCCUGAAUGUAACCCAAUAAAGCGGUAUAAAUGCA